AUGGCUUCCACCGACUUCGACAAGCAGCUGCAGCAAGCAAACAUCCUGCUCAAGCUCACCAAGCUACGCGAACAGGAUCAGCUCUGCGACCUCACCAUCAAGUGCGGUGAGACAGAGAUCAAUGUCCAUCGCACUGUAGUCGCCGCGCACUCGGACUGGUUUCUCAAAGCAUGCGCAGGCGGGUUCAAGGAAUCAGGAGCCUCUACCAUCGAGUUACCCGACGACGACCUCGACGAAGUCGAAGCCAUGCUUAAUUUCUGCUACACACUCGAGUACCCAGCACCCCGCGAGUCACCACUCACCUUCGAUGCGCGCAUGUUCGCCAUCGGCGAGAAGUACUUGAUGGAAGCACUACAAUCCUACGCCGCAGACCAGUUCCGCAAACACCUCAAAAACGGCGACUCGCACAACGACUUCAAGACCGCAGUCAACCUAGUAUACUCCGGCAUGUCCGACGCCAACAACACCAUCCGCGAGAUCAUUCUACAGGACACCCUAGCUCGGUCCAUCCGUUCCUUCCCUCUCGAGCGAUCGAAGGACGAGUGGAUGCUGGAUGUGCCCGCCUUCAUGCUCGACAUCCUACGUGUGGUGAGGUGUAUUCCUCCGCCGAAUAGCGAGCACACGAUCUUCAAGUGUCCCACCGACGGCUGCGAUCAGCACUUCAGUAUCUCCACGCUGCGCACUGCACGAAGCGCCGUCGUUCAGUGCAUGCGGUGUGAACAGAGACAUGAUCUGUCCGCGGGAGAGUGGUACAAGCAUCGCAUGACAAUACGGGACGUUCUCGACCGCGAAGGCCCACGUAUGUGA